AAAGACACAAAGAAGGGAAGAGUGACAAGAGGACAACAAUCAGCCAUUACUGAUUACAUCCCUCACACACGUCCUAUUUCUCCCUAAAAUUGAUUCCAUCAGUCAAAAAACACAGAGACAAUGAAAGACUGGCGAUGGAUACCCCUUCAAAGAGUGAUCUAUCCCUCACCAGACUACCCAUCCUCUAAGAUGUCCCAGUCCACAGUCACAGAGGAAGGAGGCACCUUCGAGCACCUGUGGAGCUCCCUGGAGCCAGACAGCACCUACUUUGAGCUCCCACCAGGCAGCCAGCCAGGUGAGCGGCCAGUGCCUUCUACCAGCACCCCGGGGAGCCACUGUAGUGCAGCCGAAGUCUCCAUGGAUGUCUACCACAUGAGAGACAUGAAUGACAACGUGAUGUCCCAGUACAACUUGCUGAGCAGCAGCAUGGAGAGCCUGGGGAGCCGCGCAACGCCCGCCAGCCCCUACAGCUCCGAGAACGCCUCCUCGUCCACCGUGCCCACCCCCUCACCCUACUCUCAGCCCAACUCCACCUUCGAGGGCCUGUCGCCUGCCCCUGCCAUCCCUUCCAAUACCGACUACCCGGGACCGCACACCUUCCAAGUGUCCUUCCAGCAGUCCAGCACCGCCAAGUCUGCCACAUGGACCUACUCUCCCCUGCUGAAGAAGCUCUACUGUCAGAUUGCCAAAACCUGUCCGAUCCAGAUCAAACUGUCCUCCUCUCCUCCACAUGGCGGCAUCAUCAGAGCCAUGCCCGUCUACAAGAAGGCGGAGCAUGUCACAGAAGUGGUCAAACGCUGCCCCAAUCAUGAACUAGGGCGGGACUUCAACGACGGUCAAGCAGCCCCAGCUAGUCACCUGAUCCGGGUGGAGGGGAAUAACCUGUCUCAGUAUGUGGACGACCCAGUGACAGGCCGACAGAGCGUCUUCGUGCCCUAUGAGUCUCCACAGGUGGGGACUGAGUUUACCACCAUCCUCUACAACUUCAUGUGCAACAGCAGCUGUGUGGGUGGCAUGAACAGGAGACCGAUCCUCAUCAUCAUCACUUUGGAGACAAGGGAUGGUCAAGUCUUGGGCAGAAGGUCCUUUGAAGGUCGGAUAUGUGCGUGUCCCGGCAGAGACCGCAAAGCCGAUGAGGACCACUUCAGGGAACAACAGGCUCUGAAUGAGAGCGUGGCCAAAAAUGGCAGCGCCAGCAAGCGCAAUUUUAAACAGAGUCCGCCAAAUAUUCCUAGUCCGAACAUUAACAUGAGGAAGAGACGACAUGGAGAAGAAGAGAUUUACUAUAUUCCUGUUCGGGGCAGAGAGAAUUUUGAGCUGCUGAUGAAGAUUAAAGACAGUUUAGAGCUGGUUGAAUUGGUGCCACAGCAGCUGGUGGAGUCCUACAGACAACAAACACAGCAGCAACUGCUGCAGAGACCGAGUCAUAUAUCAUCCCCGUCCUCGUACUCUCCACUGUCCAACAUGAACAAGCUCCAUGGCCACGGCGGCCUCAACAAAAUGCCCUCAGCCAACCAGCUGGGGGGGCAGCAGCUCCAGCAACACCCCACUGCCCCCACCUCAGUAGCUCAUAUGAGUUCAAACAUGCUCAACAGUCACCACAUGCAAGGCAACGGUGAUAUGAACGGUGGCCACAGCAGUCAGACCAUAGUGUCUGCUUCUCACUGCAGCCCGCCCCCUCCAUAUAAUCCUGACCCCAGCCUUGUCAGUUUUCUUACCAGUCUGGGCUGUCAGAACUUCAUUGAGUACUUCACCUCCCAAGGCCUCCAGUCUGUCUACCACCUUCAGACUCUCUCCAUGGAGGAUUUAGGUGCACUGAAGAUACCAGAGCAGUCCCGCCUCGCCAUCUGGCGGGGUCUGCAGGACAUGAAACAAGGUGCUGCCAUCCAACUUCCAACCUCUUCUCAUCACCAUGACUACCAUGGCCAGCAGCUUCUUCGCUCCAGCAGCAACAUGGCUGCCUCAGCGAUGGCAGCCAUUGGGGCUGCCGGUGGGGAACUACAACGCCAGCGCGUCAUGGAGGCUGUACACUUCCGUGUCCGCCACACCAUCACUAUCCCCAACAGGUCAGGUGUUGUUGGGACAUCAGGGAUGGCAUCAGGUGCUGAUGAGUGGGCCGACUUUGGUUUCGAUAUGCCUGACUGCAAGAUGUCACGUAGCAAGAACUCCAUCAAAGAGGAGUUCAUGGAGAGUGAUGUUCAUUGAGCCUGAAGAGAACUCAGGACUGUUUUGGCAGCAGAAUCAUAAUCAGCCAAUUUAUGGAGUAGAAAACGUGUGGAUAGGGUCUUUCAAAUGUGCAGUUGGGUGUUGCUGUUGUAAAUCUGUCCGUGAUUUUGCAGAAAAUCAAGUUCUGUAUCAAAUGCGGGACAUGUUCGUUGUAUUAAAGCACUUCCCUGUGCUAUCUUUACUUUGCGCUUGAACACUUGCUCCACCCAGAAGACUGACAAUAAGGUAACACGAAGGACAUCUCAAGUCUACCAAUGUGACAAUUCAGUUGUUAAGGAGAUUCCAAUGGAAACGCAAACUGUUUGGACUCCAUGUUUAAAAAUGCUAGGUAUAAAUGUUGAUUACCUUAGGUAAUGGGAUGCUGUUGGGUCUCUGUGCAAUAACAGAUUACACAUUUUUCAGUAACAGCAUCCACUUUCAUUUAUAAUCAGCUGUAGCAACAGUAGAAGCUCACAAUGGAUAUGUUAAGUUCUCAGCUGACUUAUUUAUUGUUCUUUAAGUCAUACUUUGCUUGUGCAAAUGUACAUAUUGUAACUUGUAAAUGUUUUAGACUAGAAGCGGUUCAUAAUUGAUGUUUAGUUUAUUUGUGUCUCCUGUUAAAACCCAACAGGUGAAUGGUAACUUUGUUAUGCGGAAGACACGCUCGUGUAUAUUUUUACUGGACAUGAUAACAUGCUGAUCUCUAUAGUUCAGUGUGCCCUAAUGAUUUCAUGAAUUCAUUCAUUAAUCUUCUACCGCUUUAUCCUCCAUUUGAGAAUUGAGCCGGAGAACCCAGAGAAAGCCCACACACACACGACAUGCAAACGACCAGGUCACGAACCCGGGUCUUCUUCUUACCAUGACACUGCUAAAAAAUUAGCAUGUAGCCGAUUCAAGAAAACUCAGAAUGGAAACCAAAAUCACCCAGUAAUAUCAAAUGUCAUUGAGUCCAUUAAUGCAAAAUGCAGAGAAACAGCUGAAACGAAAAUAUCUGCAACAGUAUUAUAUUUUAAUUAUAGGGACUUAAUCAGAGUUGUGAAUAAUAAAAUGGCAAACCUGUAUAUCAAGACGCUAGACAAGAUAGUAGCAUUUCUCUGUAUAUUUUUUAAAAACCUUGCAGGGCAGGGUCUUUGUUCUAAUUAUAGCCAUUUGUGUACCUAGUGUGUAUCUUCAUGGCACUUGAUUGUGGAUAUUUAAUAGCAACAUUCCAGUUUUAUUCCUAGAUUGCCAUUUAACAUGAUUAACCACGGUGCAAUCUUAGUAAGGUGUCAAAUAUGUUUGUUGUAAGUACCUGACUUUGUACCAUGAUAAUAAUCUGUACCAGAACUGCAGUCAUUCGCUCAGGCCCUCAGACCCACUAACCACUAACUGGUCAAAGAAAGAGCACUUUAAAUGCUUUAAAAGUAAAAUCAUUUGGGAUCAUUUUGUGCUUAUGAUCAGUAUUAUGCAUUAUCAUAAUGUAAAUAUUGACAGUACUUUGUUUUGAUAUUCCAGGUAAUGUUUUAAUAAAUAUUAAGAUGUGUGUAACUACUGUUCAUCAAUGUACAUUAGUGUAUGAGGUUGUAAAGGUCAGUGUUUUUUUUAAAUCGUGGAUAUUAAAAUAAUAACCUUUC